UUCAUUAUACAUUAUUAAUAUUUAACAAGUGUAGUGUAACGUAAUAAUUUUGAUAUUUAUCACUAUUUAAGUAUAAUUACGUAGCUUUUCUAUCAGAUGGAACACGAUAUUUUGCUUAUAUUAUAGAAUAUUUUUUCAACCUGAUUCAUUUAUCCAUUUCAAGAUGGUAUUCGUUACAGUAUUGUUAUUAGGGCUGUAUAAUUAUGUACUUGCAGAUGGAGGGAUUCCAGAUGACGGGUACAUUUUAAAUUUUGAUUCGCCGAUUUACGUUUGUCCAGACGAAGAGAGCAAUGCCUUCGUGGAUACGUCAGAAACCGAAGUGAAGCGAUACAACGAAACAACAGCUUAUUUGACAGGGUUUAUAAAGUUUAUAAAGGGAAUUGAACCUGCAACUAUGGUAGAAGUUUUAAUAGAAAAGGAUAUUGGGGGUAGUUUUGAAAUGUUUGCUUCACACGAAAUAUGUGACUUGUGUAAGGAAUUGGGAGAUGAAGACAGUCCUUAUGCCGAUUAUCUGAAAUAUUUUGGUUUUCCCGAUCAAUGUCCAUUUUCACCGGAUACAUUCGCCAUCAAAGAUUUUGUGGUGAACACGAAAGAUUUGCCGAUUAACAGUGCAACAGCUGGCCGAUAUCAGGUCACGAUGAACAUAUCCAAAAACGAAGGAGGCAACUGUUUAAAUGACAAGGGGUUUAUCGCAUGCCUUAAACUUGAUUUCAUUAUCGAGUCGUUGUGAAUAAUUGUGAUAAAUUCAAGUAUAA